CYUUGUUUGUAUUGAGAAGGUAAAACAAUGUAGCAGCCAUGUGAAGGGUUAAUUCUGUUCCAGAGCAGCACUGGGUGGGGAGGAGCAUGUUGAUGUCACUUUGCUAAAGUGAAACAUAAAUUACUAAACAAGCUGUAUGUCACACGCAUGAAUAAACUCUUAAACACUUCAGACAUCUCUCUUAAACCACUACACAGCCUCCUAUGUUUUUUAAACCACAGUAUAUACUAAAGAAAAACCAGAGAACACGCUUACACUAUUUUACACAGACACGGAUAUGUCUUCCUCCAGCAUUCUACGUUCUGAAGAGCAGUUCCUGUGYUCUAUCUGUCUGGAUGUGUUCACUGAGCCAGUCUCGACUUCAUGUGGACACAACUUCUGCAUGGYCUGUAUCACAAAGUACUGGGAUAGCAAGGAMCUGUGCCAAUGUCCACUGUGUMAGGAGAAGUUCUACAGACAACCUGUGUUUCGUGUUAACACAACGUUCAGAGAGGUGGUAGAGCAUUAUAAAAAGUUGAGAGACAGAGGUAAAGAUGAGUCCCCUGCCAUACCUGGAAAAGUGCCCUGUGACGUCUGCACUGGGACUAAGCGCAAGGCCCUGAAGUCCUGCCUGGUGUGUCUGGCUUCUUACUGUGAGACUCACCUGGAUCCUCAUCAGAUUGCCCCACCCUUAAAGAGACACAAACUGAUCAACCCUGUGGAGAACCUGGAAGACAGGAUSUGUAAGAMGCACGAAAGACUCCUGGAGAUGUUCUGUAGGACAGACCAGAUAUGUGUGUGUCAGUUCUGCAUUGAGGGAGACCACAAGACUCAUGACACUGUCCCUAUAGAGGAAGAGUGUGGRGAGAGGAAGGCUCACUUGGAGAAAACUGAGGCAGAAGAAGAGCAAAUUAUCCAGGAGCGACUGAAGAAGGUUAAAGACAUCAAACUCUCAGUAGAUCUCAGCAAGAGAGAUGCAGAGAGGGAGAUAGCAGASAGCAUACAGGUCUUCACUGCUCUGGUGCGCUCCAUUGAGAAAAGCCAGGUUGAGCUUAUUAAAGGGAUUGAGGAGAAGCAGAAAGCAGCAGAGAGGCAGGCUGAAGGGUUCAUUAAAGAGCUGGAGCAGGAAAUCAAUGAGCUAAAGAGAAGAAGCACUGAUCUGAAGCAGCUCUCACAGACUGAGGACCACCUCCAACUUCUCCAGAACUAUCCAUUACUAGUGUGCACCCCUCCACCCACCAAGGACUGGUCUGAGAUCAGUGUUCACAGUGAUCUGUGUGUGGGGACUGUGAGGAGAGCUGUGUCCCAGCUGGAAGAAGCACUGAGUAAAGAGAUGGAGAAGUUGCCUGAGGUCAAACUGCAGAGGAUUCAGCAGUAUGCAGUGGAUGUGACUCUGGACCCUGAUACAGCAAAUCUCUAUCUCAUCCUGUCUGAGGAUGGGAAACAAGUAAGACGUGGAAACACACCACAGAAUCUUCCUCCCAAUCCAAAAAGGUUUGAUGGUCAUCGAUUUGUCCUUGGAAAGGAUGGCUUCUCCUCAGGAAGAUUUUACUAUGAGGUGACGGUUAAGGGUAAGACAAGAUGGAAUUUAGGAGUGGCCAGAGAGUCCACUGACAGGAAGGGGAAAAUCAAAAUGAGAACUGAGGAUGGACUCUGGACUGUGUCCCGGAACUAUGAGAAUUUGUACAAAGCCGGUACCUCCCCCCCUGUUCUCCUCUCCUUGAGAAAGAAGCCCCUGAAGGUGGGGGUGUUUGUGGACUAUGAGGAGGGUCUGGUCUCCUUUUAUGAUGUGGAGUCCAGGUCUCAUAUCUACUCUUACACAGGCUGCACCUUUACAGAGAAACUCUUUCCAUUCUUCGGCCCCUCUGAUAAUGAUGAUGGUCAAAACUCAGCCCCUCUCAUCAUCGCUCCUGUCAAUCGCACAUACUGAUUAAGCAAUGCAGAGGGAACAGUUAAUUAACUAAUUACAUUCACAAAUCUUUGAAUAUAUCAGUUUAGAAAUGAUCAUAUUUAGCCAGUUGACAUGACACAUUAUUAUAUUUUCCAUGGAUGUCCUCUGUAAUCUCAUCAUCAAAUGAAAAUUGAAACUUCUUAACUCUGUUAGGACAGAUUGAAUAUUACUGGGGGAGGGGUGGUCCAAAAUAUGGGAGGGUUGUCAAACAUUUUUUAUUGCUUUGGAGAGGGUUGUGUGGCUUUUGGGGGUUACAGGGGAGGGUAGUGUAUUUUUUUCCCGGGUUUACAUUCACCAUUCUGCUCGUAUUUUCCCUACAAACAAUGGCUCGACUUACUUUUGAUAUUACCCUAAUAAAGUUUAGAAACGUUUGGGGAAGGUUUGGUAUGGUGUGGCUAUUAUUAAGCCUUAGCUACUGCAGGCCUGUGAUAUGAAGGCAGUGCRCCCCGGCGCUCCAGCUGACUMCGACAGUUGAACUUGAGGUGAGGGAGACAGUUUCAGGCCUACCAGAGUUACUCCAUUAAUCUACCAAUAUAAUGCUCAUCUUUAUACAAAAUAUUCAGAUUGAAGGCCUAUACAUUUGCCYUCCUUCUGUGUGUAUAUGUCCSUGUAGCAGACGCAGUAGCCAUCUGACAUAAAGAAAUGCAUGUCAGUGUCAUAGCAUGCCACCUGCAUAUCUCUCUCUGGGGUUAGGCCUAAGCUUAUUUUCCUAUAUAGAUGUUACGUAUAUAUAUAUUUAUUUAAAUGUUACUAUCAUACAGUGGACACCUAAGCCUAUCGRCCUUUGCAUGCAAUGCCCAAUGUGUCACCGCCUGGUACGGCAACUGCAACACCCACAACCGCAAAGCUGUCAAGAGGGAGCGGCGGUCUGCCAAACGCAUUACCGGGGGCAAACUUCUCGCCCUCCUGGGCACCUACAGCCCCCGAUGCCAUAGGAAGGUCAAAAAGUUCAUCAAGGACAUCAACCACCCGAGCCACUGCCUGUUCACCCCGCUAUCAUUCAGAAGGCGAGGCCAGUA